AUGGCAGUCAGCAUCAACUCAUCAUCAUUUAAAGGGAUCUUCUCCACUUCGCCGAGAGCAGACCUCAGCAGCCCGGAGGAUCUCCCAGCAGCCAUCCCUACUACUACUGUCCUGUUUGGCCGAGCCUCAGAGGACCCAAACGCAGCAGCAGCAGAGCUCAGACCAGAAUCAGCCAGCCCUCGUCGUCAGUCACCAACCUCGCCAGCAGCGCCCACUGGAAGGGACGUAGUAGCAUCAUCACUUGGAGCGUUUGGGAAAGAAGAAUUUGACAACCUGGCGAAGAAAAGUUCGUCAGACAAGUUUGCCGACCUGUGUAGUCCGAGUGCUUCGGAGGAGGAAGAGGAUGUCGUGGACAUGGGGAAGCCUGGGAAGCAAUGCGAAAAGGACCAGGAGGAGGAGAAAGAGGAAGAUGAAGGAGAGGAACACGAAGAGCAACGGCUUGCUGCUGCUCAGGAAGAAGAACUGGGCUCCAGGCUCAAGAUCAGCGACUCAGCAUACAUGGAGGAGGGCAAAGAGAUGAGGAAAGAUAAAAAUGAGGAUGACGAUGGCAGCGCUGAAGAGGAGGAAGAUAGAUUGCUCUCCAAAUGUGCAGAGGGUUCAUUCAAGCCUGAAGAGGCCACCUGUGAGGAGAGCAAGCAGCGGGUCCUGUCUUUUGAUUACACAGAGCCUUCUCCUCCUCCGGCACCAGCCAGCCCUCCUCACAGCCUUCAGGGGUGGCAGAAUGGAAACAUGGGCGUCAAGACUCCCCCGUUGGAGAGCAAAAGCCCAGAUUCUUGUCGAGCGGACCCUGGAUCACCCUUUUCGCCCACCGAAAAACAAGAGGACCAGGAGGAAGAGCAGAUGGAAGAAGACCAUGAGGAGCAGAUGGGAGGAGAGCGAGAGGAGCAUAUGGAUCAGGAGGACCAGCAGUCACCUCUUGCUGUCCAACUGGGAAAGGGUCAGGUGGUCCAGGAAGAACUCAGUGAUGAAGAGGAAGAUGGAGAGGAGGAUGAAGAUGGGGGGAAGUGCGCGCGAGAGAUGGAGGAGACAGAAGACCGGGGAAAGGAGGAGGAGGAGGAGGAGGAGGAAGAAGAACAGACGCAAGUGGAAGACGAUGAAGAACCAAGUCCUGUCCGAGAGGAAGUGUCUCCAGUUUCUUGCAGCGUUCAGGGAGAGGAGCACCAUCUUUUGAAGGAAAAACUUGCUUCACCUGUGAAAGUAGAAACGCAAACUCUCAGGGAGCCACCGAAGAUCUGUGAUGACGAUGAAGUUCUUGUAGCUAAGGGGCAGGCAGCGCAAACCGUUUCCCCAGCAACAGUUCCUGUUGCCACCGCAGCAGCUGCAGCAGGAGCAGCAGCAGCAGCAGCAGCAAUUGUGGUCAACAGAAAAGCACCUGAAGUGAAGAAAGACCAAGCCGUGCCAAAAAAACAAGAGUCUGUAACCAGAAAAGAACCUGCAGUGCCAAGAAAGCAAGAGUCCGCCACCAGGAAAGCUCCUCUUGCUGCUGCUAAAGCUCAUCCAUCUGCCUCCAAACCAAGUGGACCUCCUCCAGGGAAAACCCCAGCAGCACCAGCGAAGACAGGACCGGCCAAAAGACAACCGCCCUCCUCUGCUAGUGCCACUGCACCCAACAAGGCUGCGGCCCCCAAAACUCAAAAAGCUCCCCCCACUACUUCUGGUAGGAAGCCAGUGGCUCCGGGCAGCAAAGCUGCCCCAAAGAAUGGGGCUGAUAAGAAGGUCUCCAAAAUGGCGGCAGGAGGAGAUAAGCCUCAGGGCGCGGCCACCAGAAUACCUGCGGAUGGUACCAGGACCCCUGGUGGCAGUGGUUACAGCAGCCCCGCCAGCCGAUCCAGCACCCCCAGGCAUCAGGUAACGAAGGUGGCUGUGGUACGCACCCCUCCCAAAUCCCCUGGUUCUCGACGCACCCCCAUUGCUCCCGUGGCCCCCAUGCCCGACCUCAAGAACGUCAGGUCCAAGAUUGGCUCCACGGAGAACAUCAAAUAUCAGCCUGGUGGAGGCAAGGUGAAAAUAGAAGAAAAGAAAAUGGACCUCAGCAACGUCCAGGCCAAAUUGGGCUCCAAAGAGAACCUCAAACACACCCCGGGUGGAGGCAACGUGCAGAUUGUGCACAAAAAGAUUGACCUUAGUAACGUGCAGUCCAAGUGCGGCUCCAAGGACAACAUCCGCCACAAGCCAGGCGGGGGCAGAGUGGAAAUCAAAUCUGAGAAGCUGGAGUUCAAAGGCCAGUCCAAGGUUGGCUCCCUCGAAAACAUCAAACAUCAACCUGGUGGUGGGGCGAGGAAGAUCGAGUCCCAUAAGCUAAGCUUUCGUGAGUCUGCGAAAGCGAAAACCGACCACGGGGCGGAGAUCAUCUGCAAGUCGGAAGACCUCUCCAAUGACGCCUCGCCCCGUCGCCUUAGCAACGUGUCGUCGUCUGGGAGCCUUAACGUGACGGAUCCGCAGCUGUCCUCUCUGGCCGAGCAGGUGUCCGCGUCCCUCGCUAAGCAAGGCCUGUAAUGAACCUCAACCACAGAGGCGAUAUCGACAUCCCCCCCUUUUCUCCUCAGCCAGUUAGUCCUGCAAAAAAAAACAAAAAUCAAAGCAGGACAGUCUGUGAGUUUAAUCCGUUUGUCCGAAACUAAACGUGGUAUUUGCGAUAACUUGAAUUAUUGAAACGGCUAUUGCCAUGAGAUGACAGAAAAAGAUGUUGACGAUUGAUCUAAACGGAAGAGUCGAAUCCUUUCUCCCACCACACGCUGUCUAUUUGUUGUCCUGCUGUGAAUGUUUUAGUAGUUAAAUGUUUACGUUUCUACUCAACAGAAUGGCUUGUAUUGUCUAAAUAAAAUUAAGUGAAAAAUGACAAGGUUUUUUUAAACCCCCAAACUGUCAUAAAUUCCCAAAUGGAACGUGUUUUUGAGGUAGGUUAGUUGUGAAAAGCUAAGCGACACUGAAAGUCAUAAUAAACAUUAUGAUGAAAAUCACUUUCUCAUCUGUAGGAACAAAGUGCCAAAUUGCAUCAGUUGUUAACACCAUACACACACGCCAUAAAGAAUAGUAAAUGAAUAAAAUGGUAAAUUAGCAUUAAGUCCUAAACUUAUAGCCUCUCUUUUCCUGUUAAUAAGCGGUUGAUAAUUGUCCUUUUGUGCACCAGUAGUGCUUGCGUGGACUAUCAAUGUAAAAAAGAAAUUUCAUCAAUUAAAAAGCUGUUUUCUGUUAAAAAUGUGAAAAAACAUGCCUUGAAAUCCUGAAAAGAAUGUGGCUCUUGACGCUUAAAUUUGAUAAUUAUAACACGCAAUGAAUAUCCUAAAACAUCUUUAUCUGUGCUAUGCGAUCUAGCUGUGAAAUAUACCCCCCAUUCCUCCAGAAUGAGAAGGCGUUUUGACUUGUAUCUUAUAGGCCUACCAUGCUUCUGUGCCCAUCUCAAUUCCUAUAUCGCCGAUGCAAACUAAUGUAUGUAUACGUGUAGCUACCGCUGCAGUUGCCAAGCUUAAAUGAAUCGGCUGUGUACAAUUGGAUGUAACCUGGACAAUGUGGUCAGAAAAAACACACACACACAUAUGUACACAUAUAACAUACGGCUUUAACAAAGCAUGACAAAGAAUGCCCUAACCAGAUUGUGAGUGCUUAAACCGCUAUACACAUUCUCAGAUUGCAGAGAGCCUUCACUAACAAUUAAACACAUACUGUAUGCCGAAACCAUUAGAUAGCAGCACUUUCCCAUAUACCGCAAGUCAGUGGAUGUAAGAUGUACUUUGUCAAGAAAAGAAUACAUGGGGCGAAAAACCUUCCCAUCAUCAAUCUAAUUAUUAUUUAAUAUUAAGAGUCUUUUUCAUUGUUUUGCCACCUUGGAACACAUCUCCACUCUCACACGUUACGGUAACCAGGUGGAUGGGAGAUUACAUGGAGCGAAAUUCAUUCCAAAUUUGAUGGUCGCUGUAUAGACCGAUUAUAGACCAACUACUGAUUGUUGGUCUCUUGACAAACAAGUGCAUCAAUCGGUGUGUGUAGUUUGUGUCAUUAUUUAGCUACUUUAGGAGCUCAAUAGCUCACUCCACCCAAUGGAAUUUUCAUUGUGUACUGUAUAUCGGUCGCAACCAAAAAGACGGACAACAUGAUUGUACAGUGGACAGAUGUUAAAAUAACACAACAACAGAUUUGUAACCCCUCACACAAGAUAACUGAAAUCAGAGCACUAUAGGAGUAAAUGUCAUGUUCUACGCAAAACAAAUUGUGCCAUUUCCAAGACCAGUUUAACACACAUGGUUAAAUUGCAGCGGAGGUUUAGAGUUAGCUAGAGGUUAUUCCACGAAUGCCCCCUGAACCACCCACUGCCCCCUUGAACCACCCACUGCCCCCUUGAACCACCCACUGCCCCCUUGAACCACCCACUGCCCCCUUUCCCCAAGGUAAUGACACACAGCAACUUUUUGAGAGAUUUAACAACAUGAUCAGAUCCUAAUUUCCUGAUGCAAUGAUUCGAAAACAGUUGUCUGCUGCUGAUCCAUGUUCUCUUGAUGAAAGUCAAAGUGGAUAAACAGUCCCAACAGCAUGUUUUAUUAUAUACAGUAGUAUCAUUACCCUAGAAACAUUGCUCAAAAAGUUGCCCUGUGUGUCAGCGCCUUGCGAGCACGUGCACGUAAACCCCUGCUGUCCUACCGUAUGGUGGACCUACUGUGUGGAAUAGGGUGGAUCAAACGCCCCUCGAAAAUUAAAACUUUGCAAAACCCCUCUCUGCUCUUACAGCGUGGUUCCAUUGCACUACCAUAACGCCCUUGUAAAAUCGUAGCAUAUUUGGUCAAUGUUUAAAGGGUGGCGGAGUAGUCUUGAAAUUUUGAAUGGCAGAGAUUUUACAAAGAAGUUGUGAUAGCACAAAGGAACAAUUCUGCAAAAGCGGAGCGGGUUUUCAAAGGUUUAAUGGGCAGCGUUUUCACACCUGGUCCCUUUCAGCCGCCUAAGCGAACUCGGAGUAGUGACUCAACGUUUUUUGGCGCAUAUGUGAACGCUCCAAAGCGAACCCAGACCCCUCGGAAGCUAACCGUACUGAGACCUUGGUUGAGGUGGUCUCAGUUCGGUUCGCUUAUGCGUUCUGACAAGUUACUCUAGUGACUAGGUGUAAUCACUUAAGGAGGGCUCUAGAGAACCGGGUGUAAUAAAAAAGAAGAGUGACACACCAUAAAAGCCUACCAGGACCAGAAAGAUCAGCCAGUUGUUUUUGUAAUACACUCACAAUAUGAACAUUAACAGAACUGAGUCCUUUUGCUGUCAGUUCGCUUUUUGGUCCACUUAAAGAGGACUUAGUUUGGUUCACUUAAAGGGGACCAGGUGUGAAAACCCUAGUCGUUUCAUCCACCCUAAUGUGAAGGUUAGGAGCGGAGUGCUGCAGUUACUGUUGCAGUUGUCACCAGGGCCGGAUUACGCACAGGCUAGAUAUGGCUGCAGCCUAGGGGCCCCCCACCACAGGCUAGAUAUGGCUGCAGCCUAGGGGGCCCCCACCACAGGCUAGAUAUGGCUGCAGCCUAGGGGGCCCCCACCACAGGCUAGAUAUGGCUGCAGCCUAGGGGGCCCCCACCACAGGCUAGAUAUGGCUGCAGCCUAGGGGCCCCCCACCACAGGCUAGAUAUGGCUGCAGCCUAUGGCCCCCCGACCACAGGCUAGAUAUGGCUGCAGCCUAUGGCCCCCCCACCACAGGCUAGAUAUGGCUGCAGCCUAGGGGCCCCCCACCACAGGCUAGAUAUGGCUGCAGCCUAUGGCCCCCUGACCACAGGCUAGAUAUGGCUGCAGCCUAUGGCCCCCCCACCACAGGCUAGAUAUGGCUGCAGCCUAGGGCCCCCCACCACAGGCUAGAUAUGGCUGUAGCCUAGGGGGCCCCACCACAGGCUAGAUAUGGCUGCAGCCUAGGGGCCCCCCACCACUGGCUAGAUAUGGCUGCAGCCUAGGGCCCCCCACCAUAGGCUAUAUAUGGCUGCAGCCUAGGGGGCCCCACCUGCCAGGGUGCCACCCGAUUGAACAAAGCGAUGGGAAAAAUCUAAAAGUAGAAUUUUGACAAGAUGCUGAAUUGAAAAAUGAGUCUGCUGUUGAGUUUGAGAUUUCAAUCUUGUCUUGAAUUUGUCUUCUGCGGGGCCCCAUAUCAUCAGGGUUUUCACAGCUGGUCCCUUUCAGCCAUUUACCGUAUAAGCGAACUCAGACCUGUGACUCAGCAUUUUCUGUGCAAAUGUGAACGCUCCAAAGUGUACCUAGACCCCUUGGAAGUGAACCAUUGAGACCUUCAUUGAUGUGGUCUCAGUACGGUUCGCUUAUGAGUCCUGACAAGUUGCACUUGUGACAAGGUGUAAUCAAUUGAGGAGAGCUCUAGAGGACCAGUUGUGAUUAAAAAAAGAGUACUGACACACCAUAAAAGCCUAACAGGACCAGGAAGAGCAGUUGAUCCUGUUUGUAAUUCACUCACAAUAUUAACAAUAACUGAACUGAGUCCUUUUGCCGUCAGUUCACUUUUUGGUCCACUUAAAGAGGACUGAGUUUGGUUCCCUUAAAGGGGACUAGGUGUGAAAAUCCCCCUAAUCUGGCCCUGGUUAUUUCCUACCUACCUUCUAGCUUGACGGUCCUGAUUGUCUACAUGGUAAUGUGUGUUUUAUGAUUUGGUUUAUACUGAUGGCAGGUGAUGUAAAGGUGAAUUUGGAAAUAAAACUCAAUAUUCAACAACCA